UUUUAUUUUCGGUCGUAGUUUUUUGUUUUUGAUUUUCGAAAAAAGGAGGUAUUUUUGCAAGUUGACAACGCUGUUCGGCCCCACCGACACCGCGAGGCGGCGAACUGUUCCCCUUGCUCCUCGGCGACGUCGCGCGAUCCUCGUUGCCAUCAUCAGUUCUGGCGGGUCCUGCGGUCAUGUUAACGUCUUCCCUGCAAUUACCAACUGGACGAGUUUUUUGCAAUACCCACCCGAUUAUUCGUAACAACGCCCGUCCGAUCGACGUGAGCUUUGCCGCCUCCGCAAGCCACUUACCCACCACCAACUUACCGGUACUCGUCUACGGUACGCACGGACUCAAAACAGCCAGUGUGAGUGUAAGUGUUCCCCCACUACCGCCAGUACAGUGCUUCCAGUUUCCUUGUCUAGGAGCGACCAAAACGUCCUUGAGGAGUUUCCAACCGGUGCCACCCCCAAGUCUCAUCCGAGAUAAAUUUUUCUAUGUUUGGGGUGUAGGCGGCCAGUUCAUUUGGAUACCAGCAAUCGUUCCGCAGCGUUUCUGUCUGUUUAAUCAUCAGGGUGUGCAAUACUGUUAUAUCGGUCAAGGACAGUACUCUUUGAACAUUAGACUGACCGGAACAGUGGGUGGGAGGGGAGUCGGAACUCCUGGCAGUAGAGGUGGCAUGGAGACCAGACAUGAAAACGGUGCGGGUUUGAGAGUUGAUCAGUUUAGAGGCGGCAGGGCCGCAGGCGCCGGGGCGCACCAAGCGGCUGGCGGCGGCAUCCGCGGCGCCGCUGAAGUGCGGCGGGCGUAUAAGGCGUCCGUGGUGCCUGCUUCUGGUGGUACCAAGACGGGACCACGUGGUAGACGAGGUGCUCGUGGAAUGAGCAUGGGCCAGAAGGUCAGUAACGGAGUUAAGGCGGGCAACGGCAGGGACGCCGCAGCCGCCCCAUACAAACCAGUAAUUCCCAGGGAACUCGCACAAGACUUUGCCAGGCCCCCACGAUUAGAUAUGUUGUUAGAUAUGCCAACUGCAUUGAGGGAAACGCAACUAAAAUACAGUUGGAAUCAAGAUGAUCGCUCUCUAAAUAUCUUCGUCAAGGAAGAUGAUAAGUUAACGUUCCACAGACAUCCUGUAGCACAAAGCACCGAUUGCAUUAGAGGCAAAGUAGGCUUUACUAAGGGUAUGCACUGUUGGGAGAUAUGUUGGUCGACGCGUCAACGAGGUACCCACGCAGUGGUGGGGGUGGCAACCGCAGACGCUCCACUUCAUUCUGUAGGAUAUCAUAGUUUAGUAGGCAGUACCGAUAACUCCUGGGGAUGGGAUCUAGGACGUAAUAAACUCUAUCACGAUUCAAAAAAUUCUUCAGGAUCGUUGUAUCCUGCGUCGUUAAAGCCAGACGAAACUUUCAUAGUGCCAGACAAAUUCUUGGUUGUCUUAGACAUGGACGAGGGCACUUUAAGUUUCGUAGUCGACGGCCAGUACCUAGGAAUAGCAUUUAGAGGACUUAAGGGCAAAAAGUUGUAUCCUAUUGUCAGCGCAGUGUGGGGACAUUGCGAAAUUACGAUGCGGUAUAUUGGAGGGUUGGAUCCUGAACCUCUCCCACUGAUGGAUCUGUGUCGACGUGUAAUAAGACAGAAAAUAGGAAAAGCCCAACUGGAAGAAAAAGUGAUGAGUCUUCAAUUACCUCAGGCUUUGCAGACCUAUCUGUUAUAUCGAGACCGAAGAUAAUGAUAAUAAUGAUACUCAACUUCCGAAGAAUUGUCUUCCGCGGUACCUUGUUGUAAAAAAUUGGCGGAACUGUACGAUUUUAGCUAAGAAAAACUGAACUGAUAUUUUUAAACCAAAAAAUCCAUUAAGCACCGGACUUUUUUGAUCGUGUAAUUACUUGACUCGUUAAUUCCGAGCUCUUGUGAUGCGAAUUUUUGGAAAUGAAUCUCGGAACAUUCUGCGAGUUUUUCGGUAUGUGUGUUUGUGUGCGCGAGCGUGGACAUGUUCUACAUGGUUUUUAAAGUGUUUACUAUUGAUCUCGAAAGCAAACGUUUUCGCCAUAUUUCAAUUAAUGAUUAAUUACCCGAUUUUUUUGAGGAGUGUAUAGCUAUAUGGAGAAGGAUACCUUAGAGAAUCAGAUAACGCUAUAGAUAGUUUUAUCUGAUACUUUUAAGUAACGUUUACAUUAGAAUUACAGUAAAGUGCCAGAGCAAGUCGGUAAAUGUAGACACUGUAUUCGGAUUUUCUAAGAAAAAAUAAAAAAACAGUACGAGCUGUUUUUUAUCUUUUAUAGCUACAAUGUCCUGAAUAGCUAACGAAAAAUUAAUAUCCUUUGAGUAGUGGCAAUACAAUUGCCUUCAUUGUCAUCAAUCUUUGAUUAUGUUUAGCUUAUAUUACCUUGUUUAGAUUAAAAGCAAACUUGAAAACUCAUGUUGUACUUGCCAUGGUUUUAUUAUUAUUUCGUUGUUUGGAUCUUCUAUGUAGAAAAAAGCUGGCUUGUGAUAUGCUUUCCUAAUAACGAUUUGGUUUCACACGCGUCACUAGUUGCAACGGCACUUUACCAGUCUUUUGGCUUCAAAUCAGCUGGCUUGUUAGUUGUGCGUGAGUUAAAUGAUUUUUACGGUUGCAAAUAAAACAUUCCUUAAAAAAUAGUCCGCCACUUGCGGAUAUAGACAGUGGUGACAAACCAAGCAAACGCAUUUUUAGAUUUUUGAUCUUAACUUCGUCAAUAUUAAAAAUGUUGGUCUUCGGAUUUGCUCAAUUAUUCCUUUCAUUCAAAAUCGUACGGCGGACACGUUUUUAUUAAAAGUCUUACAAGCUCUCACGUCACCGCAAGCCAGCCAUUUUUAUCGCAAAAUAAUGUCAGUGAAGAUUUAUUUUUGUAAAUAGAGAAACGUAGAUAAGUGCCAGUUACACACAUAAUUUAUAUAAUAAUAAAUAAAUACAUGUACGUAUGACUGUAACCGUCUAAAACGAGCGAUUAGUCCGAUGUAAUAAUGAACAAAAGUGAAAAAGCGUUGUAAAUGUAAGAAUUGAUUUUGUAGUAAAAUUUUCCCUAUGUAUUUGUAAUAAAUAGCCAUGUACUGUGCGGUCAUUCCAAGACCCGUGUUCACGAGUGUAUAGUGAUGUGGUUUGUGUUUAGGACUUAGGACUAUUUUCGUAUUGAAAUUUAAAGCAAUUCUUCAUUUGUAAUUAAUAAAUAAAAGCAUUUUGUGGACUCUGGUUUUAGAUUUCCUGGUGGAGAAAUUCGGACAAAUGUAAAUAAACAAACUUGUAGAAUAUAAUUUAAUUAGCUGGAGCAAUUUGGAAGUUUUUUGUAUUAACUUUCAAAUUAUUUCAGCAACGACGUCUGUAUUUUUUCAGACAUUUCAGAAGUGCGAUUUGAAAAGCAUUUAUAAUCUGGUCAGAAACUUUUUUGGCAUUAUAUAAAGUUUGUCUCCCAGAGGGAGAUGUGUUUAAUUGAAAUAAAACACAACGAAAGGUGACUUUCUUAUUCUUGUAAGUGCUAGUUACCCAAUUAGUUGCAUUUCCCAGUAAUCUUUACAAAUUUCCAGCAACCCGUGAUUAUAGAAAUACCCAACAAACUUUAAUGUUUUUUUCUAACUUUGCUCUUUUUUCUAACUUGCUGCUUUCAAUUUGAGGUACCAUCGACAAAAGUUCUAUUACACAACACUAUUGGCAAUUUUGGUUCAAAAUAAUAAUAAUAAUAAUUGGAUGUCAAAACAGUUUUCUAACUACGAAUGCACAAUAUAACAGAACUAUUUUUUAUAUAGGAAAUAUAAACCCCUCUUGUAUAUUUUUUGAAUUAUAUCCAAUGUGUUCACAUUUUUCAAGGCAUAGUUUUCCUUAACGAAUAUUAAAAUAUCGAAAUGUAUCCAACAAGAAGGAACAAAAUUCAAUCGCAUACUGUUAUUUCGUAGCGCCUGGACGAACUAAUGUAAGUAGGAUGUUUUAAUUAUUGUAUUUAAGUUUGCUGUGAGUGUCCAGGCUUAUUUUUAAGUUAAUCGAUGUAUUCUAAAUAAAAAUAAACUACUCUAAGAUUGA